AAACUAGUACCCUGCUUAGUUGUCAUUCUGCUCUAAUUAAGAGUAGGGUGUAACCUCAGUCAAAUAUAUAUCUGAAAAGAUUCUCUGGGAACGUAGUAUAAAUGUACAUGUCCCUACCUGCUCUGUACUCACAAGACAACAUUACCACAGUCCUUGCACUAGAUUUUAGAAGUUUUAGAAAUUGCAGUAGAAGGUUCCGAUCGACAUUAGUCCAACAGAAUGGAGGCGAAGUGCGCAGCUAUCUGGAGCUCGGUCGAUGGGAGGAGCGAGGAGUCUGAGAUGAUUGCUCACCUGCAGUCCAUGUUCUGGAGCAACAGUGAUGCUGCUGUCAACCUUUGCCCUCCAAACACCAGUGCCAAUUCUUGUGUUACAGCUAGCACAGUGCACAGUAAUUUGUUCCUUCCUCUUGACAUGGAGAGCCAUGUUGUCACAACGCCAAUGGUUAACACUGGCAUGGACCUAUGCCUUGAUCACCGGCAUCAGACCGUUACUGGUCACAAGAGGACAUCCCAUAUGGAUGAGCAGAUCAAGAGAACUAGCAAGAAAUCCCGGACAGUUCCCUCGGUAUCAGGUGCUCUGUGUUUAAGCCUAGCUGAUAACGAGACCAAUGGUGACACUGUCAAUCAGAGCUCUUCGUCCUGCUGCAGUUCGGAAGAAGAUUUGAUUGGCGCAUCUGAGGAAUCCUUUGUUCCGAACCAGGGUGACAAUUCAAGAGGUUGCAAGCGGCCUUCGAAGAAUUUGCAGUCUCUUUGUGCAAAGAGGAGAAGAGAGAGGAUCAACGAGAAAUUGAGAGUACUGCAGCGCCUGAUUCCCAAUGGAACCAAAGUUGACAUUAACACAAUGUUGGAGGAAGCAGUCCAGUAUGUCAAGUUUCUGCAGCUGCAAAUAAAGGUAGUCUUGAGCUCUGACGAGACAUGGAUGUACGCACCUCUCGCCUACAAUGGUAUGGACAUCAGCCUGAGUCUGAGAAUUACCGCAGCCCAAGAAUGAACUGGUCAUAAUCCGAAGCCUUGUUGCUGUCAAGUCAAAUUCAGUACAUGGUGCAUUUGUUCAAGAUCUUAACCCUGACUUUGAAUUGUUCAUUUGCUUCUUGUGACUUAGAGGAAGGUGUUGCCUUGCCAGAUACAGUAAGUAAAUAUUGUACGAAUCAAAUAAGUUGGAGCAUGCCAUAUGUAGCAAGGAAACAAUGUAUCAAAUAAGUCUGAUUAAUGAUGAUGACAUU